AGCUUAUAAUAAAUUUGCCGGGAAGCGGCAAAGGCAAUCGACAUCUAAUAUUUAUUGACUACUAUAUUAAUAUUAAAAUGUCGAUACAAGUUGAAAAUAAUUUAAAUAAAACUGCAAAUCAACAAGUUUUCGAGCAACGCGCUCAUUAUAUACCUUGUAAAAUUGAAGAAGAUGGUCCUGCUAAUGUAAAGAAAUAUUUUGAGCCAUAUAUUACAGAAAAUGAAGAAGAAUUAUCAGCAACAUUCCGUGGUCACAAUCUGGAUGGCAUCAAAAUGAAAUUGCCAGAUGGUUAUAAAGCAGUUAUACUUACCGAAGCAAAAAGACCACUCUCUGAAGAUGCUGAGCGGAAAUUUCAGGUUGCCGGUGGAUUUAAAGAACUAUUAUACUGGAAUUGGGAUAAGAAGCCAUCUAAAAAUGAUAAUUUAGUUAGAGCUAUGGAUUGGAUCGAUAUAGCUGAAGCUAUUCAUGGAGACUGAAAAUUAUGACAAAAACAACAGAAAUGAGCUCAGGGUAUUUUAAUAAUCGGUAACACUAAAGCUAUAUAUUGUGAAAAUUGUAGAUAUAUUAAAUUUAAUUAUCCAAGACUAUUUCUUUGUUAAAUCAAUAAACAUGUAAUUCUGUUA